AUGGAGUCUGGACCAUCAAAGACCAAAGCUUUAGACCCUACGCUUCACAUCUUAGGUUUCGAGUUCGAUGUAUUAUCUCCGACACGUGUCACAGGUCGUCUUCCCAUUUCUCCAAUCUGCUGCCAGCCUUUCAAGGUCUUGCACGGUGGUGUAUCUGCUUUGGUCGCUGAGUCUCUAGCAAGUGCAGGAGCUCACAUGGCUUCUGGUUUCAAAAGGGUCGCUGGAUUUCAGCUCUCGAUCAGCCACUUAAAGAGUGCUGAUCUCGGAGACCUUGUCUUCGCUGAAGCAACUCCUGUAAGCACAGGGAAGGCUAUUCAGGUUUGGGAAGUCAAGCUUUGGAAAACAACACAAGGAUCAGAGAAAGCUAACAGAACCUUGGUAUCUUCCUCUAGAGUCACACUUUUAUGCAAUCUUCCUGUCCCUGAUCACCUCAAAGAUGCAGCAGACCCUCUCAAAUUGAUUUCAAAGUUGUAG